AUGUUUCUGUACGUCGGUGGCGUUAUUAUGUUGAUUGUUUCAAAUGUGGGGGGUCAAAAUCGCGCGACAACCAGACAACCAUUUAUACCAAGCGACCACAUCGGGGUAUCCAGUGGCUACAGGGAUGUAUUCCUAGCUGGAAUGAAUGGGAAACCAACACUUGGAACAGCAGGGUCGACCUGUUGGGCACGCGGGGGCAUCUGUGUGGAUCUUCAUCAGUGCCCUUCAUUGAAUAUGGACGUCGGUGUUGCUGGCUGUGCGUGGGGCUACAAAGUCUGCUGUAAGACCCACGGGCUCCUCUCCCCAACAGUGGGCACCCAAAGAAGAUACGCCAUACCAGUCAUAAAUAGUCUCGACGAAUUAGGAACCUCCUUGGAAAUUAUUGCGCUUAGGAACUCCAUGCUACUCUCGAGUUGGCAACGUGAAAAGAAUCCAGAAACUGAUGAUGUACACUUGGAAGACUUGUUGAAUAAAUAAAUAUUUUUGUAACCUUCCUGUG